UCGGUUUCCUAUAGUCAUGUUGAUACGUACUUUCCAUUGGUCCAUAACGAAUUGUUGGACACCAAAGUGCAGAUGGACGACGCGUGUCGUACAGUCUGGGCAGUUUGUUGAAGAGAAAAGCAUCUCUCCUCUGCGUGGAAUCCAUAACAUUCGACGUGUUUCACAGCAGCAUGGGUAAACGUUUGCCUUUUUUUCAAUAAUCCAUGUUUCAGGUGUUUGUGAAAAACAGGGUGGAUGCGGGUUUGCCUUUUAAAGUCGGUUGGGGACUUGUGCACGAGCGGAUGUAACACUGUGCACUUAAAAAUGUGUUUUGUCUUCAGAUUUCUCUUUGUAAUUGCAAACCUUUUCUUCACGUCUUGCUGUCUUUUUUGGGUGCAACAAUUGACUGUUGAAUGGAAGAAGGCAGGGCUUAGUCAACGUCAUCCUAACGUUACACGUCAGAACAGUCACAUGACGCAAAAGGAACUGAACCCAACAAAGGCGAGAUGGAUGGGUUUGUGGGACUCACUUGCUAUUGAUUAUUGUGUUUACCUGAAUUGUGAGAUACUGCAGUCUUCGCACAUCCAGCCGAAGACAACAGCUGAAUAUGAAAACCCGAUCCGACACGCAUCAGUAAACACAGAUAAAAGUGGCAUAAAAUUACGCAAUCAAUCACACAUCUUUCCAGACUGUCUUCUGCUUUUGCCAAACUAUUCAUUUGGGUCUGAACACACAUCAGGUUUCUUUUUUGUGUUUUUAGUACUGCAGACUGGGAUUGGGAAUAUGCCAAUCUUGUAAGUUACAAAUUUGAGCGAGGCAGGUAUGACGAGAAGCUACAGGUUCGUUUGUUCGUUUGUACAUUGUCCUUCAAUAGUUUAAAACAAUAACAGUCAGUUUCAUUUCCUUCUCCUUUUUCCCUCUGCGACCCGAACGAUGUUCUAAUCCCGUUGUUAAACUUUCAGCUAUAAUUAAACUUGAAUUACGUAAUUUGCUUACCUUCUGUACAUUUAUAGCAGGGCCACGAGGAUUUAAGAAUUGUAAACACGAACACUUAGGUAACAGAAUGCGAUAUUAAAGUGGCCUUCACUUUGUACAACUUCGGAUAUAAAUACCUAAACACA